GCCCAAUGCAAUAUGUUGGCCCAAACGAAGGAACCGGAACGGAUCUGCGAUUACUGAAGCUAUGAUGCAGACAAGUUCGUCUGUUCGUGUUCCAUAUCCGAAAUUCCUAUUUCUCUAAGCUAAAACCCUGGCAGAAGAUAUCUUCAUUGUAUAUUCCGAUCCCGAUUUCGUGAACGCCUUUCAAUAUGGUUGUCUGUAAAUGCCGGAAGGCAACUAAGUUGUACUGCUUCGUACACAAGGUUCCAGUCUGUGGAGAAUGCAUAUGCUUCACUGAUCAUCAGAUAUGCGUGGUCCGCACCUUUUCAGAAUGGGUCAUAGAUGGAGGGUAUGACUGGCCUCCAAAUUGCUGUUCCUGUGCUGCUGUGCUUGAAGAUAAAACAGAUGCUCAAACUACACGAUUGGGUUGCCUGCAUGUUAUUCAUACAAAUUGCUUGGUUUCACAUAUUAAAGGCUUUCCACCGCAAACUGCUCCAGCUGGGUAUGUCUGUCCGGCCUGUUCAACUUCAAUAUGGCCUCCUAAACAUUUCAAAGAUUCAGGAUCGUGUCUUCAUUUAAAACUGAAAGAAGCAAUAGUGCAGACUGGCUUGGAAAAGAAUCUGUUUGGAAAUCAUCCAGUUUCAUUGCAUCCGACAGAUUCUCGAAAUCCUCCACCUGCUUUCGCUUCAGAUCCAUUGAAGCAUUUUUCUGAAGCUGGAGCCUCUGGGAUAGAUAUAGCACUUGGCAUGGAGGCUGCUGAAACUGGUUCCCUAAAGCCUUCAGCUCUUGGUAUUGUUGAAAUAGAUAGACCAAACUCAGCUGAUGCUCAUUCCAAUCAUGAGGCGAGUUUCACUCAAAGCUCAAGCCCUCCUGCUCCGGGGGCCACCACAAGAAAGAGCACACGACAAGCAGAAAGACAAAAUUCAGAAAAUCCAUACUACGGCGAUGAAGAAGAUGGCAAUCGCAGAAAGUACACAAGAAGGGGUACACUUCCACACAAAUUCGUAAGAUCUCUACUGCCUUUUUGGUCAAGUGCAUUGCCAACACUACCUGUAACUGCACCACCUAGAAAAGAAGCAUCUAACGCUGCAGAUGGUUUGCCAGAAGGCCGGACACGCCAUCAUAGAUCAUCAAGAGUGGAUCCAAGAAAAAUUCUCCUCUACAUGGCAAUCAUGGCUUGCAUGGCAACAAUGGGUAUUUUGUAUUACAGAAUUGCACAACGUGGUCUGGAGCAGCUGCCUAAUGAUGAACAGCAGUAACUUUAAUUUCAAGUCAUAUAGCUGAAUUGCUUCUAUACUGCUCUAUUAAGAUAAAAGUAAUAACAGUUGUGCCCACUCUUCUUGGUUACCAUUUAUGUAUGCAUUUUCAGAAACAAUUUUAACGAUAAAAGUAAUAACAGUUGUGCCCACUCUUCUUGGUUACCAUUUAUGUAUGCAUUUUCAGAAACAAUUUUAACGAGGCUCAGUUUGCUGUCAGUUACAGAGAAUAGAUUUAAAUUUUAUGUAUCAGAUUAAAUUAUAUAGAAAAUAUUUAUUAUUAUUA